AUGACAGUAUCAUCCAACCCAAUUAUUAAUAUUAUAUAUAAUCACAAGGAUGAUGAAGAUGAUAUCAUAAAAGGGAAACAAGAUAAUAAUAUCAGUCAUAGUAAUAUUACAAUAGACAAUGAUCAAGUUUUUGAUGAUCAAGAACUUUUAGAUGAAUCAGAUUCAACAAUAAAUACUUCAUUUCAAUUAAAUAAAGAUGAAUUUAUAUUAUUGUUAAAAUGGACUUGGCCAAUAUUAGUAUCAAAUUUAUUAUUCUCUGUUGCCUAUAUAUUUAUUAAUUUGGUAUUUGUUGGACAUAUUGGAAAAAAUGAAUUUGCUGCAGUUGCUCUUGGAAAUACUUGGCAAUUUGCUACUUCUGCAUUAUCAAUUGGUACUUUAAAUGCUAUGGAUACUUUAAUUAGUCAAUCUUUUGGUGCUAAACAAUUUAAAUUAAUUGGAUUAACUGUUCAAAGAGCAAUUAUUGUAUCAAUAGUAUUUAAUACUUUACUAUCAAUUUUAUGGUGUUUUACUGGUAACAUUUUAAUAUUAAUUCGACAAGAUCCAGAGAUUGCAAUGAUAACUCAAAGCUAUACCAUCUAUAUGAUCCCUGGAUUAUGGUUUGGUUGUGGUUUAACCAUUUUACAAAAAUAUUUACAAACUCAAGGUAUUAUGAUACCAUGUAUUCUCAUUGGAAUAUUAUUUAAUUUAUUAAAUAUUGUAUUAAAUUAUUUAUUUAUAAAUAUAAUGGGAUUUGGAGUGAUUGGUAGUUCAAUGGCAACUAGUAUAGCAAAGACAUUUGGAUUUUUUGGAUUAUUGGGAUGGAUUUAUCAUUUUAAAUUACAUCAAUCCCCUAUUCAAACAUGGUUUGGAUUUGAUAAAGAAACAUUUUCAUUGGAUGGUUUGAAACAAUAUCUUUCAAUUGGUGUGCCAUCUGGAUUGCAAUUGGUAUUUGAAGGAUGGGGAUUUGAAAUUCUAACUUUAAUGGCUGGUUUAUUGAAUCCUGUUAGUUUAGAUGCUCACUCUAUUACAAUGAAUUUUAAUCUUUUAAAUUUCAUGUUACCAUUUUCUCUGUCAAUAGCUGUUUCAAUUCGAAUUGGACAAUUAUUGGGUGCUAAAAAGGUAGAAACUAUAAAGAAAUCUCUUCGAGUUGCAUUUAUCAUUACAACCAUCAUUAUCUUGAUUAGUUCAACAUUCCAAUACACAACAAGAAAUAUAAUUGGUAAAUUGUAUUCAAAAGAUAAAGAAGUGAUUCAUUUGGUAUCAGGUUUAAUUCCAUUAUCUGCACUUUCAAAAUUAUUUGAUGGAUAUCAAACAACAUGUCAAGGAAUUGUAAGAGGAGUUGGAAAGAAUUCAUUGGGAGCUAUUUUAAAUUUUGGAUCAUUUUAUUUAAUUGGAUUACCAUUGUCUGCUGCAUUUACAUUUAGUCAUAUGAUACCUCUUCUCUAUCAUACAGUCUAUGGAUUAUGGUGGGGACUAAAUAUUGGAUUAUUUAAUCGAUUGGAAUGA